CCUCAGGAUAGUGACUUUCCUUUUUGCCACUAAAUCCCAAAGGCUUAGCACGAAUGUGUGGAGUAUCUGUUGUUUAACAUGUAAUUACUGAGUAGGUGUUGAACAGAGUUGUGAUGGGUGUUACAUUUUUGUGUCUUUGAGCUGUAAGUAGCAGAAACCACAAACAGCAGCAGCUUUAUUAAGAACAUCUCAUUAAGUUUGGAACAAGGUGUCUGGAGCGAGUAGUCCCAGGCUUAGUGCCAUGGCUCAGUGGUAUCAUAAGGAUCUAAGCUCUUCUGCUCUUUGCUCUGCCAUCAUUGGCAUGGUGAUUUUCAUUCUCCUUAUGAUCGAAAGAUGGAUGCCAUACUCCAAGCAUCACAUCCUCACCUAUCGCUUUCAAAGGAAGGGAGUAAAAGAUAGAAAAUAAGGUAUUUUCUCUUGUUCAUCAAUAGGUUCAUCUUUUCCAGAAGACCUCUGUCCCUAGUUGUCUUUCUUUUGCACGUUACUGUUGAGAAUUGGGUCACAUGCCCACUCUUAGGUAAAUCGUGACUCAUCCUGGUGCUUUCAGCUGAAGUCAGACUGCCCAGACAAAGGAGCUAUUCUUUUAGCAGAAAUAUGAGUGGAUAGUGGAUGGAUAAGAAGUAAGUGACAGCUACUCCUCAAGUCUUUAAUUACGUUUUACUAAAACCCAGGACAACUUUCUCCAAAUCUGAGCUCUACCUCAGAUUGGUAACACUUAAAAUGCCACAUUUGUGAUCACAUAUUUCUCUUUAGUGUGGGCACUUCAGCAGCCUCUCUGGCAUGCAAAGCCGUAAUUGUUUCCAUCAACCACUUCCUCCUGGGCCAGAGAGCAUGUUGGAUUCUCCUAAACUUCAAGGCAGCACUGGUUCCCUUGAAGGCAACCAAUGACUCUCUUAGGCAGAAGAGAGAGUCAAGUGUCAUCCUCUGUAGUCUUCACUCCUGAUAAGUUUUCUUCCAUGGCCAAAGUGGCAAGGAUUUUUCUCAGUGAACUAGAUGCAAUAAAAAGAAAAAAAAAAGAUAAAAUUCUUUCUUAUGAACAACUUAAACUUUGAGUGGAUCCCAGUGCACCUAUUUUUUGAUAAAAAAUAUCAAGUUCAGUGGUAAUUAUACAAUUGUGGAAAUUUAGAUGAUAUCCCCAAUAAUCCUCCUGCAUUAUAUGCUCCUCCUGCAUUAUAUGCUUAUCUGAAAACUUUUUACAAACUAAAAAAAGAAAAUGAAAGGAGUCAAAUUAUUAUUAGAAACUUCUUUUUUCUUCAUUAGAGUUACAAUAAUGGUGAUGAUUAUCUUUUAUUGAGUGUGACAGGUGCUAUUGUUGAUUUUUUACAAAUAUCUUAGAUCGUCAUAUCAACUAUUUAAUUAUUAUUGACACUUUAUAUAUUAGAAACCUAAAAUUCAGAGUUUAAGUGAUCUGCUCAGGUUCAUCAGUAGAGCAGGUACUAGAGUUCAAGUUUUCCUGAUUCCAAAAUGACUGUUACAUUCUCCAUCAUGAACCAACUCCCCUUCCUUAGAUUCUCAUUGUCACCCCAACAUAUCCAUAUCCCGAAGUUCCACAGGGUUUUUACUCAUCUCUAACUAGUUAAUCUUUUUGCCUUGGGGUUUUAGUGAAGUGGCCAUUCUCAUUCAUUGGCUGAGAUACUUACGGGCAGUGCACGAAAUUAUUAAUCUUUCUGGUUCAACAACUUAAGUCUAGAGCCUAUCACAUCUCACAUCAGCAAAUAAACACCAGGGAGGGGGAAAAAAAAAAAAAAGAAACACACUAAGUGGAUAGAUGAAUGGGCCAAUCCUGUGGCUGAGGAGAGUAUUUCCUCUCUUUUCUUUGUUAGCCUAACAGGUGAGGAUUGUGGUAAGAGAUUUUAAAAGCACCUGAGAAAGCAGUGACAAGUAGUGACUGUUCUGAGUUCACAUAAGUCUCAAGCAGCUUUGACUUUUCCCCAGUUAGUCAGGAGGGACGCUAACAAGUCUGGUUUAGAUGGAGGAGAAGAGUAAGAAGGACCACUGGGCUCUGCUCAACCAAGGAGAGGAGAAUGAACUGGAGGUGUUUGGUUACCGGACCCAUAAUCUUCGCAGAGCCCUGUGCCUUAUAACAACCAUGCUGACGUGUGGGGUUCUUCUGCUGGUGUUCUACUGGAAGCCCCAGUGGAGAGUGUGGGCUAAUUGCAACCCAUGCCCUUUGCAAGAAGCAGACACUGUUUUGCUAAGAACAACGGAUGAAUUCCAAAGAUAUACGAGGAAGAAGGUUAUAUGCCUCUACUUAGCGACACUGAAGUUUCCUAUAAGCAAGAACCCAGAAGAACCCCUGGUGGCUGACCGCCACUCUGUCAUUAACCAUGCGGUAUUGAAGCCAGAAUUAAAACUGCGAUAUAUCCAAGUGCGGAAAAUCAGCCUGCUGGAAGACAGCAACUCCUGCUAUGAUAUCCACCACACGUUUGGACGGGGCCUGACCAGUGAAGAGCAAGAGGUCAGAAGAUUAGUGUGUGGGCCCAAUGCCAUUGAGGUAGAAAUCCAGCCCAUAUGGAAGCUGCUUAUUAAACAGGUUUUAAAUCCAUUCUACGUAUUCCAAGCCUUUACCCUAACUUUGUGGCUGUCUCAAGGUUACAUAGAAUACUCUGUGGCCAUCAUCAUCUUGUCUAUUAUCUCCAUUGUCUUAAGUGUGUAUGAUUUGCGACAGCAAUCAGUGAAGCUGCACAACCUUGUGGAGGAUCACAACAAAGUCCAGGUUACAGUCAUGGUAAAGGACAAAGGUUUGCAGAAGCUGGAAUCCCAUCUCUUGGUUCCUGGGGAUACUCUUAUUCUUCCAGGAAAAACUUCAUUGCCAUGUGAUGCUAUCCUGAUUGAUGGAAGCUGUGUGGUGACUGAAGGCAUGCUCACAGGAGAAAGCAUACCUGUCACAAAGACGCCACUGCCCUAUACGGAGAACACCGUGGCCUGGAAAUCCCACAGCUUGGAGGACUAUCGGAAACAUGUCCUUUUCUGCGGGACAGAGCUUAUCCAGGUCAAGCCGUCUGGGCAGGGGCCAGUGAGAGCAGUUGUUUUGCAAACAGGUUACAAUACUGCCAAAGGGGACUUGGUGAGAUCCAUCCUCUAUCCCCGACCUCUGAACUUCAAGCUAUACAAUGAUGCCUUCAAGUUUAUAGUGUUCUUGGCCUUCCUUGGCAUUGUGGGUUUCUUCUAUGCCCUUGGUGUAUAUAUGUACCAUGGAGUUUCUCCAAGAGACACGGCAACCAUGGCCCUGCUUCUCCUCACCGUGACUGUCCCUCCUGUGCUACCAGCUGCCCUGACCACAGGAAUCGUGUAUGCACAAAAGAGGCUGAAGAAAAAGAAAAUCUUCUGUAUUUCCCCACAGAGAAUCAAUAUGUGUGGACAAAUAAACCUCGUGUGCUUUGACAAAACUGGCACUCUUACGGAAGAUGGGCUGGACCUCUGGGGGACUGUCCCUACUGCUGACAACUGUUUUCAGGAAGUGAAUAGCUUUGCCUCAGGCAAGGUUUUGCCAUGGGGCCCGCUGUGUGCUGCCAUGACCAGCUGCCACUCUCUGAUCCUUCUCAAUGGGACCAUCCAAGGAGACCCACUGGACCUCAAAAUGUUUGAGGGCACUGCCUGGAUAAUGGAAGAUUGCGAUGCAGACUACCGCACAUUUGGGAUGCCAGGUUCAAACAUAAUAAUAAAGCCAGGACCAAAAGCCAGUUGGAGUCCCGUGGAAGCCAUAGCCAUCUUGCGCCAGUUUCCAUUUUCCUCAAGCCUGCAGAGGAUGUCUGUGGUCGCUCAGGUGGCAGGGGAGGAUCACUUCCAUGUGUACAUGAAGGGUGCCCCGGAGAUGCUGGCCAAGUUCUGCAAGUCUGAAACAGUACCCAAGAAUUUCCCACAGGAACUCAGGAAAUACACAAUACAAGGCUUCCGUGUCAUUGCUUUUGCCCAUAAAGGCUUGAAGAUGAAGAAGCUUUCAGAUGUAGAGAAUAUAGCGAGAGAGAAGGUGGAGUCAGACUUGACAUUUCUGGGACUUCUCAUAAUGGAGAAUCGCUUGAAAAAAGAAAGCAAGUCAGUCUUGAAGGAACUGCAUGAAGCCUGCAUCAGGACCGUGAUGAUUACAGGUGACAACCUUCAAACAGCGAUUACUGUGGCAAAGAAUUCUGAAAUGAUUCCUGGAGGAAGCCAAGUGAUCCUUGUUGAAGCCAAAGAACCAGAAGAUUUGGUUCCUGCCUCUGUGACUUGGCAGCUGGUUGAAAACCAGGAGAAUGGACCAGAGAAGAAUGUGAGCAAAUGUUAGAAGGUCCCUUGGUGGCCUGGGCUGAUGGUAUACAGCUCUCGCCCGGGCGGCCUUCUCUGGGCAUUAGAAGUCACCAAAGUCAAAACCCUUCACAGCUGGAGGUUCUGAAGUUUGCAAAGCAUUUAGUAUUUGCACUAGCAGUUCUCAGCCCUGGGUGCACGAAGAAAUCACCUGGAAGAGUUUUAAAUCUUCCAGUGCCAAGAUUUUACUGGUUAAAUCCAAAUCUCUGGGUUGGGAGCUGGCAUCAGCCCAUGAUUCCAAUGUGGUUGGGAACUUAUGUCCAUAUUUCCCAUUUGAAUCUCAUAGUUGGCCUAUACAGUUGACAAACUGUUCAAUUCACAAAUGUGAA